AUGGCCAUUUACACCAGACCCAUGAAGUCGAAUGCAACUCCUGUUUUCGUCGUGGUUGAUGAUUAUGCAAAACGGAAUACUCUUGUGAACAUCUUUACAUCCUCCUUCCCGACCUGCCCAGUCCUUUUCUACGAUUACAUCCGCAAGAGUAAGGGUUUUGGAUAUCAAAUGCAAUGGGUUGGGAAUUCCGGCUCAAAGGGCUCAAUCCCUCUCCUCUUCGUCACAGAGGUCGAAAUGAAAGGGUGUUAUCCAACGAACACCAUAAUCAUUUUGGACCUCCCAGGAUCAAAGUGGAAAAACUACAAUAGAUUAAUAGCCACGACCGGUGAUAACAAGAUUAUUGUGAUUGAAGAAGAAGAUUUGGAUACUGGAAAAUUUUCUUAUGUCGUACAGAAAGUAUCCGGAUGGAAAAUCGACAAAGGCAAACUGAACAUCAAUGGAGAUUUCUACAGGGGCCUCGAAAGGUUAUUGGAGGAGAAUGAGGAAAAAGUGAUAGACACAAUUGGCAUUUCUUCGGCACAAUCCCCACCGCUUGUGAACAUUGACUGGGAUGUACUGAAAGCGUAUAAAAAAGAGUCAAAAGAGGAGCUGAAAUAUUGGCUCACCGGAAUAUUCGGCUAUCCAGCCUCAGGGAAAUCCAGGAAAGUAGAUCAUCUGAUCCAACGGGCAACAAUGGAUGGAGAGCGAGUUCUCCUGAUCCAUGCCGGUGGAUUAGUGUCUUUGGAAUUAUGCGAACAGCGCUGGAAACCUAGGGCUGCCGUGCAGGUUGUCUGGACGAUUUUAAAAUAUAUCCGGUCUCUCCUGGACAUUUUGAACACUCCGGCAGUGAAAAAUAAGAAGAAGGAGAAUAUGAUGGAGCCUUUGAUUGUGGUCGUUGAAGACUGUCCAUUACGAAAAGGAUUGAUCGAUGAGAAAGAGAUUGAGAUCUUGAUGGCGCGACUGAAGAAUGAAAAUAUAAAACUCAUUGUCUCCUUUGAGUCCCACUCAGAGCACGCUCAGCAGAUCGUCGUAGAAGAAAUCGUGAACAUGUUGGAGAAUAAGGAGGGCUGCACGGCCAUCCGACUCCAACCUUCUACUGACUUGCGACUCAUCCGUCACAUCCAAGAGAACGAGACUUCAAUAUUUUUGGAGUUGGGCACGAAGAACUUGCAUACUUCUUCGAAGCCCAGCGCCUUUCUCUACGGUGAAAAAGUCAUACUCAUGAAAUUCACUUGCUCCGGGAAACAUGGUGGGUACAUCUGUCGACGUAAAGCAUGUUGCGAACCUUGUGUGGGGAACGAUGAACGGGUCUUGUCGCUUUUCCUUAAGUCCGCCCUCGAUAGAGUGAAGGGAAAUGAAAUGCCCCACGUUUUGGUAUCAGAUAAAAGGCAAUUGUCGUCCUUGAAGAAGGCUUUCCCUGACAGUCAUGGAAUUCAAUUCUCACAUCCGGAGGAUUUCCGAGGCUACGAGAGUUCCGUAGUGAUCUCCAUCAACCCUACCGACGAAUGGCUACUGGAAGUGGUUUCGAGGAGUAGGCUUCAACUGAUCAUAAUAGACAAUAAUCCAUCUCACGAUGACCUUUGGGAGACAAUGGUGAGAGAAAAUCGACUCCAGCUUCUGCAUAGCCACAUUUCUGACGAUGUUGAGGAGAGCAGCCUCCGAUCACUCCUGGAAUUGGAUGCAAAAGGAAAGUUUCUAAAGUGUCCGUCCUGGGAUGAUGCAGGACGUCGUAUAGGAAAGGAGGCUAUGGGACGAUCUGAUGUCCUGGACGAGAAUACCGGUGCAAUCAUCUCAUUCCAUCCUGAGGAAAUUUUUAAUACUACACCAUGGCCAUUACGGAAUUCUUCCUGCCCUUUCACCGAUUGGGGAUACUAUUGGCUUGGAUUUGAUGAGGAGGUGCCUCGGAUUGAUGAAGGGAAUAUGGAGAAAAUCCUUCAGAUCCUCAAGCAGAAUGGAGUAGAGUGGGAUAUAGAGGAUUACCCCCCAGUGCCACUAGAUAUUCAAAGGAUCGAGGACGGGUCUUCUGGCGUGCUGGAGUCCCUUUCGGUUGCCCUUACAGGAUCCUUACUCCACCUCCCACUCCUUCAGAGGAAACUGGGAAUGGAGAAUUCACAUGAUCCACUUUCCCUAAUGCAGUCUGCAGCUAAUCUGCUUCAAAGGCCAAUUAUCAUCCUUGGAGAUUGCACUCCUUGUACGAUUCUCCCUCAAGAAACAAUGUUGAAAGAAUCAUACGGAAUUCUUAACGUCUUCAUGCGAACUGAUAAAGACUGCAAUCAAAGAGUUAAAAUCCACCCAGUUGUUAUCGGCCUCGGCCGCAUCGACCGCCUCGACCUACUCAGCAGUUUUGACCGCCUCGCCCUCCUUGACUCCGGUGGUGGCGCACUCCUCGAUUGUCUCAACCACCAGUGUCGCCCCAGUCGAAUAGAUCGACGCGAACUCCUCAGCCCCCUCGGUCGCCUCAACCACCUCGGCCGCCUCGGCCGCCUUGACCUCCUUGGCCCCAUCCCCCCCUUCUGCGGCCACAGAAUCCUCGAGAGCCUCUACCUCUUCGGGCACCUUGGUGAACUGCAGGAGCGUCAAAAUCGCCUGAUUCACUGGGACUAAAAUGACGCCUAACUCUCAGAUACACCACCCCUCGACCGGUACCGAGAGUACUAUGACUUCAUUAUGCUGACCAACCGGCGGUGUCUGUACUCCUUCGAUGCUACAAAAGUCGCUUUCAUCCGUGAAUGUCAUUAAUUUUCCUCUCUCCAUUGUUCCUUAGUGGCCUCUUUUCCCAUGGCUUUUUGUCAAUAUACACCAGGGAUACUACUGAAUAAUUGAUAAUUACAUGCAUUACUCCUUUCUCAAGUAUUUAGUUCCUAUUAAUGCAUUGUGAAGCCCAUUUCCUUUCAAAUUAGCCGAUAAAUCAUAAUGCUCACCAUACGUGCAUACAAAUGAGACC